ACCUUGUCUAAUCAAAGGCGGGUGCGGCCCGAAAACCCAUCGAAUCGCAGAUAUCUUUUCGACCAGAGGCAAACUUCUAUCAUCGCUACACUGCAGCAAACGUUUAAAAGCGACGCAUGUCGCUGGAACAUUUCCUCAAGCCAUGUUGAAAAUACCUUCUGUCUCCGGACACUGUGAUAUGGCAACUAGACACGACGUUGGUCAGAGGUCAAAUUUCCCUUGACCGAGGGUGGCUCAGUCAAAUUAACUGAAAUUUAAUUUGAAGAUUUUAGUUUGUUUUCACGCAAGAAUGAUCAUUCUUUAGGUUUACAAUUUUAAUGGGUAAAACUGUUAUUGAUAUCCAAACUGCAACAACAACAGAAAGCAUUUGUUGCGGGUUUUCUUUGUUGACUGAGCCACCCUCGGUCGGGGAAAUUUGACCGCGGACCAACACCGUGUCCAGUUGCAUGUCGUAUCACAGUGUCUGGCGAAAGAAGGUACUGUAAAUCCUCUAUUACAAAUUACAAUAUCCAUGAUAAAGUCUGUUUUCUUUUUAGCAAUACUGAUUCACAUAUCAGCAGGCUAGCUGCUAAUUUCAUCUUUCAAGCAUUUGAAAGACGAAAGAAACAUGGUUAAUUCUACCAUUCCAUUAUAUCUUCAUUUCCUUAAAUUUAGCUGUUUAUUGUUGUUUUAAUCGGUAACACCUGUACAAAAUGGUAAUACUGAAUAAAUUUUUUGUUGUUGUUGCUAUUAAGCCCCCCAGGCGGGUUAUUUAUUUCAAUCCCAUUUGAGGGGGGGGGGGGGCUUAUUUAAUGUAAAAACGACGAUGGUAUCAGUUCUCCGUAAAGAACUAGAAUACAAAGUGGAAAAGCUCAAGUACAAGACGUUUUAGGUCAUGCAGCCGAGGACUAGGAUCAAAUCCGCUCUUCUAUUUGGUAAUCCCGGAUCAGUGCACACGAAGUUUUACAGUCGUGAUUAAUUAAUACAGUCUAUCAUUUAUUAGUGAAGAAUAAAUAGGGGAAGGGAGGGGGGCUAAAUAGGGAGGGGAGCUUAUUAACUUUCCUCCCCUAUAAAGGGGGGGGGGGCUUAUUAGAGGGAGGGGAGGGGGCUUAUUUGAGACGGGGGGUUAAUACAGGAUUUACGGUAUUUCGGACAUGGUUCGAGGAAAUGUUCAUUUUCAGCAACAUGCGAGGGGAUAUUUCGCUUUUAAACGUUUACUGCAGUGUAGAGAUGAUAGAAGUUUGCCUCUGGUCGAAAAAAUCUGCGAUUCGAUGGGUUUUCGGACCACACCCGCCUUUGAAUAGACAAGGUCCGGACCUCUGGCUGUUUUUCUGUGCUGUCUUUACUUCGUAUUAUGAAGAGAGUGACAGGGGUCAAACAAUAACAGCCAAAAAAACGACCAAAUCACUGAUUUCAAACCAAAAAACACAGGAAUACAUCAAAAGUAAGUGUCCCAUAUGCCUUUAUUUAUUUUAUAGAAAAAUAAGUAAGAAUAAUGAUAUUUAGAGUUCGGAGAUCUCUGUACUGUAUUUCUCAUUCAAAGUCUCAAUGGUUGUUUGUAACGCGACACCGACUCUCUUGUGAGGAAGUUAAUUUACAUAACUAACUCUUAACGUGAGCUUGGGACACCUGUGAUUUCACAAGUUACAGUGCUUGUUUCGUUUUGUUUCAUUUCGUUGAAUACUAAUUGUUUCGUUUCGUUUCGUUUCGUUUUGUCGAAUGCCAUAAGCCCCAAUCAAGCACCAUGCCUGCAGCCUUUAUCACCCUCCUUUCCUCAUGACAAGCUUUGAAGUGCAAAAUAUUGUUAUGCAAAUUAGCUGGCUGCAUCCACAUUCAAUGUGCAGGCAGCUACUUUGCAAAGUCAUUCAAAGCCAAUGGGUCUGAGGGAAAAGUUUUUAUGAAAACUUUCAGGAUCAUAGGAUGGAAUAAAGUGCAGGUGGAAAGUGGAACAACAUUUUUCUGUUUCUUGUACGAUGUUAAUCAUCUGUUUAAUUAUUUUUAAGGUGCAUCUAAUGUUGUGCAAGGUGCAAGCAACGAUCAUGGUGCUGGGGAUGAAGUUUCAGGUGGAGGGGUUUCUCAGGAUCAAGGUUCAGUACCAUCAUGAUAAUAUGUUUGUUAGGAAAUAAAUUAGCUGUAAUUAACAAUUAAUAAAUAUAAAAAUUUCAUUGUAGUGGUAACAUUAAUGCCGGAAUGCCCAGGCUUUGACGAUCUACCACAAAAUUCCAGCAUGAGAUCAUUCACAAAUAGAAAUGUUGGUUGCUCAAUGAUGCUGUAUCAUGAAGAGAGGCAAAAACCAGAGUGCCUUCACAAAACCUGUUGGAACAAAUUGAAAAAGUGAACCAGUAACAAGUUGGUUUCCCCGCUGCACCACCCUUGUUCUCAAAAUAUAAUAGCAAAACGUUUUGUUAUUUUUCAUUCAGCACCAGGGUUCUCAAUAGAAGGCGGCACCCGGCGAUUGAUCGCCGCUUACUUUGGGAUUUAUAGCCGCUUACUUUGUGUUUAGGUCGCUUUUCUUUGCUUUGUUUUGACACCUCUGGCUUUGCUGAAGAGCCUCCUACUUUAUCAGUGAUCACCUCCUACUUAAAAAUCUAUUGAGAACCCUGAGCACUUUUCACUUGUGCUGGUAAUUUGUUAAUGUUAAAAAUGUUCCUUACCAACAUAAAUUCGUUAUGCAGCUUUGAACUGAAAUGUAUAUGUAAGAUAUAUAAAUAGUUAUCUACAUGUUGGAAUGCUGGCUGAUAUGUUGUCUCAAUUUUCAGGUGCAUCUAAUGCUGUGCAAGGUGUUGAUCCUGGUGCAGGGGGUGAAAUUUCAAACUCAAGCAAUCAAGUUCGUUAUGACCAAGGUACUGUACAGAAAUGUUAUAUGUUACUGAAAAUAAAAUGAAAAAUUGGUUAAUGUGUUUUUGGAAUUUAGCAUUUCCUUCAGGUGCAGUUAUCAUGUGACACUAAUCUGUAAACUUAAAAACGUAAAUGGUGUAAUCUCAAUUGCUGCAUGUUUCUGAUUGAUAUUUUCUUCAUUCUCAAGGUGCAUCAGCUAGUGCUGUGUACAAGGCAAGUAAAAAUCUUGGUGCUGUAGGGAGGGAAGCUUCAGAUUCAGGCAAAGUAAUUCCCCAUGAUAAAGGUACAACAACAAUAUCUUUAUUUAGUAAUAUUUAACUUAAUAAGUAGGACAAAUAUAUAUAAAUAAAUAGUAUUGCUAUAACUUUAUGUCGGUACUUUUCAUUUUGUGAACAUAUAGUAUUUAAUGAAAGAAUUAAGUAGAUAAAUGUGUAUAUCAUAUAUGCCUGCUUUCCAUAAGAGCCAUGCCUGUAACUAAACAAAAACUUAACUAUUACAUUAAAAUUGGCUACCCGCUUUAAUGCUGCACAGUAUCUGCCUGCUGCAACUCAAUUGGGAGGCUAUUUCACACCACCGCAUCCUUACAGCCAUAGCUAUUUUUUAGGUAGUUUGUGUGGAGCUGAGGAAUAGCCAGUUUGCUGUCAGUGUCUCAUAGCGAAUAGAAGUUGACACUAUCACGGUUGGUAAACAAGUUGCUCAAGUAUUCUGGGGCAAGACUGUUUAUUGAUUUGUAAUGUCAAGUUUUUGCCAACCAAGCCUCUCAAUCAAAUAAUCAGCAUCAGCGUCAUAGCCUGAAAACGUUAGAACUCUAGCUGCCUGAUUUUUAGCUUCUGCAGCCUGGUUGCCAGGGUUUUACCAUAGCUGUCCCAGGCAAUGCUACAAUAAUUGAAGUGGAGUUGAACUAGAGAAUUUAAAAUUUCAAAGCCCCAAUACCAGACACAAUCUUUUUGGCUAAUCCUUGAUGUGUACAUUCCAAUAUAAGUUAUGGUCAAUGUACACGCCAAGGAUACUUAUUUGAGUAACCUGUUUUACAGGAGUAUCAUUAGUUACGAGGUGUGGGAUUGAUUGAAACGUGCUUAACCUUAGUUUGUCGUGAUCUGAUUAGCAUAAACUCAGUUUUUGACUGAUUCAAAGUGAGUUUAUUAACUAUAAAGCCAUUGAUUAAUGCUAUAAAAAUCUUCAUUUAGAUAAUUAUUGAUAUUCAUCAAAUUGUCUCUUGCAAAUGUCAAAUGCAUAUCAUCUGCAUAACAUAUGGGGUUGUGAGUGUGAAAGACAACUUGGAAGAUCAUCUAUAUAAAUUAGAAACAUUAAAGGUCCAAAAAUAGUCCCCUUGGGGAAUUCCACAUAAAAGCAAAUGGUGUUUUGAGAGAUGCCCAUUGGCAGAGCAUUUUUGAUUGCAUCCAUUUAAGCAGUGACACCUAAACCAAUUGCUUGCAGACCCCCAAAACCAUAUGCAUUGAGUUUUGAUAGCAGGAUCUCGAGAUCGACUGUAUCAAAGGCUUUCUUUAAAGCCAAAAAAAGUACUGCAUUAACCUUGCAGCGGUCAAUAUGAUAUGCCCAGGUAUUGGUGGCCUCAAGGAGAGCAGUCAUAGUAGAGUGAAGACUUUGAAACCACAAUUGACUCUAAGAUAGCAAAUUGUUCUCCAUCUGAGAUACACUGUAACUGUAGACUUGGUUAUGCACUAUUCUUUUGAAAACUGUAGCUGUCACUGGGAUAAUUGAAAUGGGGUGAUAAUUGUUCAUGUCUCUGUGUUCACCUUGUUUAAACAAAGAAAUGACUUUCAUGCAUCUCUAUUCAUCAGGAAAAAUGCCUGUAUUAUUUGAGCUGUUGAUCAGAUCACACACAAAGAUUAAGAUAUCAAAUUGGGACAAAUACAGAAAAGCCUAGCAGAGAUAUCGUCUAAGCCUGUUGCUAUAGAUUUGCAAAGCUUUGACACGUGGGAAAAUACUUUGUUAAGAGUUGUACAGUGUAGUGUUAUCACUGUAUCAGAAAGGGGGAAAUGGACAAACAGCAACAUAUUCCAAAUUUUUUUUGCAGCUAGAUGUUAAGAAUAUUAAUUUACAGCUAUCCACUUUCAGUAUUUUAUUUAUACUGAAGCUUAUUGGUAUGGUCUCAAAAUAAAUUUGAUAAGUUAAAAUACAUACCAAUAGGUAGCACGUCAACAAAUUUUAAUAAAAAAAGUGGUUUAAAAAGUGGUUGUUCAUCAACCAUUUCUUGAAGGAAUUGUAAUUUGCAAUGUUAGCGUUUGAGGAGAGGGGAAAACCAGAGUACCCAGAGAAAUCCUCCUGUAGGAAGGGUGAGAACCAACAGCGAACGCGACCUUCAGUCAUUUAUGUCAGCACUUCUGGGACACAAACCUGGGCCAUAUAUGCUGGUGGGAGGCAUGUGCUCUCACCACUGCGCCAUUCUUGCUUCCAUGUGGGCAAAGGCGUGGCCAUCUCCACAUGGCCAAUUGUGUCUACUCCUAGUUUUUUAUUUUCAAAUGUGGGUGGGAGGAACAUCAGAAUAUACAAUAUUCACAGAGCAUACUAUAACAAGGCUCUGCUCUGAGAAAAAAAUAAUUGCAGACAGCUCAAGAGUUUUAACAUUUAAAAAAAGAUUCCCCAACCAGCAAAUAAUGUCAGUCACAACCCUGGAUAAAAACUUCUGGUACUAAAAUGCCUUACAGAACUAAACAAAGUUGACUGGCAUUAUCAUCUACGUUCCACGUAUGUCCUUUUUGUAGUCUUUGAGUCAGGCUCUUAAUUUCUCUUGAUGCAGCUGUAAUUGGAUAGUGGCCCCUCUUCCAGGGAAAACAAGGGAUUUCAAGUAUAUAAUACGCAAGUGUGUUGUUGUUGUUGUGUUUUUUUGUUUUACAUCUGUGUAAUUUAUACAUCUUUUAGUUUAAACAAUUUACAGUGGCGGAUCCAGACCUUCAGAUAAGGGGGGGGCCUGGUCAUCCAAACCCUGAGAUAAGGGGGGGAGGGGGGCGGUCUCCAAAUCAUUUUUUUUACGACCCUUUGCGCCUCAAUGUGGUCUAAAAAUAAGGGGCGCCCUUCCCUGGUUUCGCCACUGAUUUAUGAUUUGGGAUAUACAGAAUAAGCGGCACUCCUCUUUGCAAUUUAGGUGGGUCUUAAGUACAGGUCACAUUUCAUAGGUCAGAAUAUAAGAUCUGGGCUGCUGGACACUUAGGCUACUUUUGAUGUGGUUUGAUGUUCUGAUGACAUCUGGAAUGGGCAGACUUGUUGUUUAUAUGUGCUAGUGUCUUGCACCUAAAAGGGGUUGAUGAUCACAAAGGGGGUGAUGAUCAAGUCGGGAUCAAUAGAAAAAAUUGUCAGAGGGGGGAUUUACAGUGACGUGAAGAUGUAAAACAACUUUUUUCAAUACAAAUUCUUUAGGAGAUGCCAUGAAUAUAUCAGAAGAUCAGAAGCGAUGGUUAGUUAUUGGGAUUACUGUGAUAAACAAGCUGGUGCCUCGUAUUCGACCAUUUGUGGAACAGUCCUUACAGGCAGAGUACCAGAGCUUAAAGUCCAGCCGUAACAUUCACAUCCAAACUCCACCAGGGAUUCUCAAGAAUCAUCCCAAACAUCUUAAAUAUGAAAACAUUAACAGUAACAGCAGCCAUAAACUCUCUCCAGUAAAUUUUGAUUCUUCAAAAUUUGACUAUAAGGUAUCAAGUCAUGUUGACUUUGCCAAGCUCUACCUUCAGCCUUUCAUGGCCAAGUUCAAUGCAUUUGAUGGAAAGUGUGAUGGGUCUGCUGUUCUUUCACUACUUGGAAAAGUGCCUGUUUUUUCGAAUGCAACGCAGUCCUCAGCUAAGACAGUGAAAGAAGAUGUAAGAAAUGAGUGGGCUCACUGUAACUUUACAGACUGGGAUGCAGUAAAGUUCCAAGGUUGUUUUCAGGAGAUGCAAAAACUUGUCCAAUCCCUCGGACUUCCUGCAGCAGAUGAAAGCAUACUAUUAUCCGAGCUAAAUUACUGGGAAAUCAAAGGUAUUUUUUUGGAAAUUAUGUUUCCUUUAUUUAUGCUUAUUGUGGACUAAUCUCCAGGUUCUUAUUACGCAAGAGUCGCAUGUAUGUAGCCAGCAUUCGUUUGGACUAAGAAUGCAUGGAAUGCACAUAACACAAUUUGAUGGCGCGCGUUUGGACCUCUAUCAUUCGUAAUCUGAUCACGCGUGUUUUGACUUUCUCUCAGGUGAAACUUACGCAAAGCACAUUAGCACAGUGAUGAAACAAAAGCGUUUUGACCUUCGAUCGUUGUUGAGAGGGAAGACAUUAGUACUGAUGACGACAAAGUCUUUUGUUUAUCUCAUAAAUAAAAUUGGGCAAAUCUCAUUACUAUAAGGUCAUGUGCUACUUUUAGGUGGUUUAAGCGGGUUGACGUGGAUGAUAUCAUAAUUUAUGUUAAGUUGUGUCUGUCAUGUCCUUUAGGGUAUGAUAAUGACAUAGAUUCAUUUAAGAAGUAUGAAUCAUGUCCUUAUUUUUUAAUUCCACUGUGUGUUAUGAUUGGUGUACUAAAACUAAUUUUUAAUGAAGGAAUAAGCGCCAACUUCUCUGUGUUAUAAAAUCAGUUGACCACACUGUAAUUAUGUAGGUUUUAUUUCCUGCCACUGUCGUUGUCCUAUUGCUGACAACUAUCCACGUUCUGGUUCACUGAUUCUUGGCGCGCAAUUUCAGCAUAGUAAUGAGAGCACAAACGAACCAAUUCAAACUCCUUAAACUACCUAACAAUAGCACACGACCUUAUCUUAAUGCCAUUCCCGACAUUUUCUUCAUGUGAUAAAGACAAAAGGCUAUGACGUCAUUUACUAUUGACGGAACGCGCAGCGGAGCGAAAAUGCUAAUAAAUAUGCAAAUUCUACCCUUUGAUAAACAUGCCCAAGCUUGUCGUCCCUCCCCAUUAGGGACCUUAAGCAAAGACGUUUUUGAGCGACGCACGUCAACCGGAAGUGAGGCCUUCUCCCUUUUUAUAUGCCUUGACGCUAACAAACUUGUAUUGCUGAGUUUCUUUUCUCUUUUAAAGACGAUUUACCCGAGAGUUUCAACCAAACCGCUCCCUAAUGAUGCAAAAAGUCCACUUCCGGUUGACGUCCGUCGCUCAAAAACGCUGUUGCUUAAGCUCCCUAGCGUGAGCUACUCACAAAGCUCAAAAGUACUCACUGUUUACUCUGUGUUCUCCCCUAGCUGCUCUUUGGUAACUCAGAGUUGCUCUGAGUUAGCUGCAAAGGAUCAUGAACUACUCACACAGCUCAAAAUUGCUCACUGUUUACUCAAUGCCGCUCUGAGCUACUCUUUGGUAACUCAGAGUUGCUCUGAGUUAGCUGUAAAAGCUACUCAUGAUCUUUUGAUGCUAGAUUACUUACGGUUUGGGCAAGCCCGGGCAAGGUAUUACAGCCUACUCUUUUCGCCUAUGACGUCAUACCCGAGGCUGCAUUAAGCACUAACCUAUUUUUAUCUAUAACGUCACCAAAACGGUGGAUCCACACGAUCCACCAUGAUCCACCUGGCUCAGAGCGUUCAUUUUAUAUACGGUCGUUCGGUCAGUUCCCUAACUUCUUUCGCGAGAACAAGGUCAAACAUGCAUAUCGGACGUUUUCGUGUCAUGUCUGUCAUGGCUGAAAGAACAAGAUAUACAUAUGUGUCGCGCUCGUUUUGUUUCGUAAGCGAAAUGACUAAAGACGUUACCGAACGGUACGUUGGCGAAACGAUCAGUCAGCGUCCUGGGAUUGAAAAAAAGCCGUACGCAAAUAGCCUGAAUUUUAGACGAUUACUUUGAAUCGUUUUACUCGACUCGAAGUAAUCGUCUUAAAUUCAGGCUGGUACGCGUAGGGUCUUAGCACAACUGUUGAAUUCUGUACAGAUCUGAGAAGAAAAGAUUUCAACAAAGUAUCUCGAUUUUACGGUACUGUAAACUCAUGAUCGUUAGUGGUAGUACGGCCAACUAGGCAACGCAUAUGCCUGAGUUUACUGAGCCGCCCCGCCUUGGGGCCGGUUGCUCGAAGCCUGGUUAGCGCUAACCGUUGGUUAAGAGGUAUCAAAAUGUAUAGGUUUCCAUGGUAUUUAACGCUGGUUAGCACUAACCAUGCUUCGAGCAACCCGGGCCUGGGGCCCGUUUCUCGAAAGGCCCGAUAAUUAACGGGCCCGGUAAGCUGUCUCCGUUUACCUUAAAGAUCGAGGUUUCAAUAGUUUUGCAUCUAACAUGAUAAAACUGUCAGUUAAUGAAACUAAAUGGAGUAGUUUGCUAGCCAGGACCCGCGCUCUUAUUCUUUAUAUUUCGAUUUGAAUUUUUGAUUUCGGGCCCGUAAAGUUACCGGGACUUUCGAGAAACGGGCCCCUGAACGCUAUAAAGUUACGUUAAAAUUGAGUUGUUCUGUUGACAGGCACUGCGUUCUGUGGUAACUGCCCUGUAGACCGUGCCCUAUUAAGCUUGGUACACAGUGAAGUGUUGCACCUUUCCUCCAGUUUGGAAGAUUUUGUGUGCCAGUUCAAGGAACAGAACGACUUACUGAAAUCGCAGGUCCUUGAAGCAAAGCAAAAUCUCGAAGAGCUACUGGAACUUCCUCAGAAACUUAAGGAAAUGGAGAAUGACGUGGAAACCUUGACACGACAAACGGCAGAUUUCAGUUGCAGUGCUAUGAGACGUCAACAGAGUGUCAACUCUCCAGCGUUCUUUGGAGCGCUAGAGAGAAAUGAAUAUUUUACAGGCCGCAAAAAAGAGCUGGAAUCAUUGGACAAUGUUUUUCAAGACGUCAACACUACGUGGGAUGGUCUUGGAGGAUGUAAAAAGAGUACUAAAGUUUAUGGUAUUUGCGGACUUGGGGGCUGCGGGAAGUCAUCUCUUGCUUUCGAAUAUGCUUGGCGCAACCUCGAACGUUAUCCUGGGGGCCUUUUCGUGGUAAAUGGAGAAAGUGAUAACUUUUUGCGAGCAUCUUGUCAAGGAAUCUUUGAGCAAUUUGUACACAAGACCCAG